UAUGGAUUAUGAUAUAAUUGGUUUUGUUAAUCUGAAAUCUUUAGUAAUAAAAGCUGGAGCUAGAGUGACGUUCUCUACGGAAAACAGUAAAAUUCUCAUUCGAAAUGGUCAAGUGAAAAUUGAUGGAAAACAAGAUAAUCCUAUAUAUUUUGAUAUAAAUAUUACUAAUUUGAAUAAAUCAAAUAGUAGGGUACAAAUGAGAUAUGGCACUGGAUAUUACUUGGAAAUGCUUAAUAGUAAUAAAGCAUUUGUUAAGAUAUGUCAUGAUUUGAAUAUUGAAAAACAGCUUAGCCAAUAUACAUGCAACUAUGCAGGAUUUCAUAUGAAGCAUUACGAACCUUUAACUAGACUUUACAAAAAUGAUUGUUCGAGUUUAAAAUGUCCAGAAGGUUUUAAAGAUAUUUCAUCUUGUACAAUUGAUGGGAAUAUUCAACAAGAUUAUAUUGCUUUCUAUACUUGUUAUGGGGAACCAUUGAAAAAUGGUAUUAUUAUUCACGACUCUUCAAAUGUUGAAAUAUCUCAUUUAAAUAGUAACGGAGCCGCAAUUCAUAUCGUUGAUUCUGUUAUUGAGACAUUAAACUAUAUUCGAGUUAAAGAAAUUCAAGAAUCUGAUCCUGCACUCUUCCUAUUCCAUCCACAAAUAGAGAAGAAUAAACAAAUUAAUAAUAUUAACAUCGAGGAUAAUUUGGCUAAUGGCUUAGUUAUCGACUCUUCGGAAAGAACUGCUAUUCAUUCUUUAUAUGCAAGAAAUAAUAGCAAAUCUGGUUCAAUAAUAAGGUCAACGAGGUCAUAUUUAAGAAAUCUCAAAGAUCCUGUAGAUGCAUGCUUCAUUAAAUGUACUAAUUGUACCGAAGAAGAUAUAGAAUUCCCUAUUGUGUUGUAUACGAUAAAAGGAUGCGAUAAAUUUGACAAAAAGACGUUUACUGCUAAAAAUGGGAAAGUUUUUAUGAUUAAAUCGUACAAUAUAACAAAGCAUCCACACCAAAUUAAAGAUGGAUCUAAUAGUCAAAUCUUGCGAUUUGGUGUUUCUCAUAAUUCUCAUUAUGAAAGUAAGAGUAAUUCAAUUGAAGUAUAUUUCAUCAACAACUACAAUACAAAUGAGGCAACUUUUCUCCUAAUAGAUGUAGUAGAACCAGGGUCAACGAUAUCUAAAAUAACGAAUUCUGCCUUUGAAGAAAACUAUAACGGACUUGAAAUAAUAAAUAAUUUCCAUUCCUUAGAAAUGAAUAAUAUUCAAGCAAUCAACAAUCUACAAAUUGGUAUUUCUAUUAGUUUGCUACCAAAAUACAUAGGCCUAAGUGAAGUUCAAGCAAGAAACAAUACAAUUGGUAUAAAAUUAAAUGAGAAAGGUGAUAUAAUCAAAAUGGAACGGAAUGAUAUACAGUCUAAUUCAAAACUAGGAACAAUUAUUCAAGUAAAGUUUGGAAAUCAUGGAAAAACAAGGAUAAUUGGUAAUGAAUUUAUUGAUAAUAAACCGGUAAAAGAUAUAGAUAGUCAAAAUUUUCACUUUUUCCCCGAUUUUGUAUCAAGUAUCUUGAAAAUCUCUUCCACAACCAAUCUGCAAAUUUAUGACAAUAUUUUUCAUAAUCCAAAAUUUUCGUAUGAAUUAAUUUUACAAUCGCCUCGCUAUGAUAUUGUCAAUGUUUCUGGUAAUUUUUGGGGGGAUUUUAAUCCUUGGACCAGAAUCAUUGGAUAUCAUUUUGCCUAUCAUCAUCAACCUGUUCUAAUAGAAACUCAAUUUUCUGAUAUUCAACGAACUACUCUAAAAGAGGUAUCGUUUCCUUGGUUAAAUAAUGAUAAAUUUCUUAUUGGAGAUUUGAGUGGAGAAGUUACCAUUAAAUCAGGGAAAUACAUUCUUCUCGGACCUGUUAGAUUAUUAAAUGAUUGCUCCUUAACAAUUGAAGAUAACGUUGAAAUUGAAGCUAGACCAUACUCUGGAAUAGAAGUUUACGGAAGGCUGGAUAUUAAGGGAUCUAAUCAUGGAAGCAUUCAGAUAAAAAUGAAUAAUUCGAUGAAAAAUGAGCAAGUUUCUCUAAAAGCAAUAUCAUUAAAUGAAGAAGUAGUUGAAAUUCAAUUCAAUUCAACAUCAUACGGUAUAUGCUAUGUUGAUAAUGACAUUACCUUGUACAAUGCACUAUGCUUAACUAUGGGAUUUUAUAAUUAUUCAUCCAUUUCAUAUAGAUAUUCCAAUAGUGGGGAAUCAAUGAUAGUUUUGAAUUGUCCUACUGUCUACUACGAAACUUGUACUAAGGAAAUUAAACAUUGUCAAAAAUCUUUAAAAUUGAAGUGCAAUGUACCAAACUGGGGAGGAGUUGCAUACUUAAUUGGAUCUGAGCCAAGUAGGAUAGCUGGCUUACGCAUUGAAAAUGCCGGUUUAUUUAACUAUGAUCUUUACUUUGAGCAAAUGCAACAAAUGUUGGAAAAUGUUGAAAUCAUAUCAACUAGUAAAUAUAGCAUAAUUAGUCCAUGGGGUCAAGUUCAUGAUGAAGUUAUUUUAAAAAAUACGAAAAUAUCAAAGAGAUACCUUAGCUAUACUAACGAGAUUUUGAUAAGAGCACCAAGAACAACAAUUGAAGAUUGUACAUUUAAUAUUGAAGUUGUAAAUCUUCAAUACAUACGAAUGCCAUUGUUACCUGAUACAAAUUUCCUUGGCUUCAGCCUAGCUAUAUCUCAGGCAAAAACUUAUCCAGAGAAUAUAGUAAACGUUCAAGGAAAAUUAGUAUUUCUUAUUAAAGACUUUUAUAGCAGUAAAAACUAUGAAAUAGAAUUUCGAAGUUCAAAAAGGAUUUAUUUAAAUAUUAAGAUAUUUACAAACUCGAUGCUGAAGAUAUCUGAUGGACAAACUACAAUUAAUAUUGAAAAUACCUAUAGUGAAUAUUCUUAUUAUGAAAAAGCUAUUUUACAUCUUUCAUUAGUUAAAUUUUGUAAAGUAGUUAUAACUGAAGAUCUUCUACAGAGCAAUGAUUUAAGUAUACCAAAACCAAAUUUUACUGUUAAACAUUCAUUUUUAAAGGCAAAUUUACUAAUAAUUGAAGAAUAUCAUCCAUCCAAUAAAUUAAAUAUCGAUUUAAUCAAUGUUACAUUUUCAUCUUCUGGACUAACUGUUAAAGUUGUUGAACUACAUCAAUUUAUCAGUUUGAAUUUGGAAAAUUGUACUUUUGAACAAAAAGAUAUUGCCUUAAGCAUUCCAUAUAGUAACAAAGGACCUCUACAAAUAGUAAGCAAUAUAAUGAAAGAUAUUCAAAAUGUGAACUUUGGUAUUCUAUUAGAAUCGGAUUAUCAUAUUCAAAAACUAAAUAAAUCUAUUGCAAUUCAUGAAAAUACGUUUCAUAAUCUUAUUACAAAAUUCAAUGUUGUUAAGAUGAAUAUUUAUGAAGGUUUUAUACAAUUUCAACAAAAUGUUAUAAAUAACUGUUCUGCACCUGAUAGUCUGAUUCAUUUUACCAAUACUGGUAAAUUUCAAUUAAAGAAAACCUUUUCAAAUAAUCAGAUUACUUUAAAUAACGCAAAAUAUAGUUUAAAACUUGAUGGACAAUAUAUUCCCGAAAUCUUUCAAAAUGUUUUCAGUAAUGACGAAGUAGACUAUGAAAUUAGAUUGAAUAUUGUUUGCUAUCCGCUGAAAGAUGAAAACUGCCAACGUAAUGCUACUCAUAACUUUUUCAAAUCAACUAAUCCUUAUGAGAGAAUUUACGACGGCCGUUUGAACGGGUUUCUUUCUACUUUGAAAUUAUCUCCGUCGUACUUAAAUAUUGAAAUGACAGAAGAAGAAGACUAUAAUUGGCCAAUGAGGAAAAAAUCCGUUUUGCAGGGAUUUUAUUCAGAAUCUUUAGAAAUAAAUGAUAAUGUCGAUAUAUUAAGAAAUACAGUUAUUAACGGUGAUUUGAAGAUAACAAUAACGAAGAAUAUAAUAGUUAGCUUUAAAAAUUGUUCAAUAUUAAUGAUAUAUGGGGAUCUUAUUAUUGAAAAGAGUCCAGAAUUUCAUAUUCAAUUCUCUAAAUUCAUUAACGGCAAAAUAUUCAGACUAAGCGAAGGAUAUUUAAAAGUCUAUGAAAACGAUUCAUGGUUUUAUAUAAGUUUUCCUUCCUUACCAACUAAGCGUUACAUUUUUGAAGGAAAUCUCAUAUGUAAGGCCCUUUGCCUGGGAGAAUGGUCAGACAAUUCUGUCAAUUACUUAGAGAGACCAGAGAAAGAGUUGAUACGAUGGCAGUUGGAUUGCGAAACCUCUGACAACUUUGAAAAUUGUUCAUUAAAGGAGCGGUCAGAUAGGAAUAUUUUUCCAAAUAUACGUUGUAAGAAGUCGGCUCCCUGGCAAAGUCGUUUGAUCAUUUUUGGAGCGAAUAGAGUUAGUAGUAACUUGCAGAAUAGUAAAUUUCAUGGAGUUGAACUUUUACUUAUAAAUAGUAAAACACCAAAUUUAGAUAGUUCAUCUUUUCUCGCCGUACAUUCCGCUAUAAGAUUUUACGGAGGAGACGAAGAUGAUCAACUUAAAAUCAAAUACCUAAAUAUAACUCAUUGUACAAAAUCCGGUAUUGAACUAUGGAACUCUUAUAAGAGCAUAGACAUCUCCAAUUCAGCAUUUCACUAUGCUACUAAAUCUUUCGUAGUAAAAAAUCUAGAUCUUAAAGAUGUUAAUGAUAUUGUAGGUUUUUCAACACCAAUCAAUUGUUUUUCACCUAUAUUCUUCUGUUCAUUAAAUUCUAUUUUCGAAUUGAACGAAAAUGAUUCUGUACUCUGGUUGGAUUACGAAUGGUUUCAAGAAUAUCAAAAAUUAGGUUGUUCAGCAACUUUUAAAGCGAAUGAAGAGAAUAUAAUUCAAGUAAAUGUGAAAAUUAAGUUAAAUUUUGGUAAAAUAUUUAGGCUAUUUAACGAAGAAACAGGAGAAGAGAUACAAUAUUUUCCAAAUAAAGUUUUUACGACAGUGAAUAAAAUAAUAAUUGAAGUAUUAGAGGAUUUGCAUAAGGCAUCAAACGAUCAUUGGAUAUUACUUUUAAAAUCUGUUAAACCAGAUCAUGACAGUUGUGACUUUGAAACACCUAUCUGCAAUUGGAAGAAUCAUUACUUAGCAUUUGAAAAUAUCUUCAAACCUUUCUUGGUUGUCUCUUCAACAGAUCCUACUUCUGUUUUCGCUUUAAAAUCGGAUGCUAAUUUUUUAGGUAUGAAUGGUCAUUAUCUUCUACUGAAAGGUAAUGGACAUAGUUGUUCAAGUUAUCCAGUACCGGAAGGAUCAGCGGUCUUAGUUAGUAGAAUAAUAAAGCCUGAAGAUGAUAUUUGUCAUGUCUACUUUCAUGCCUACAAAGCAAAUGCGCCACAUACUAUGAACAUAAAAGUUGUAGUAAGUAUUGAUGGAAAAUUAAGGAAUAUAGUCUCUAACAAUGUUUUCAUUAAUCCACAUUUAACUUAUGAAAUUUCUACAAAUGUUAAAACAUCUGCAUCCAAAAUGGCAAACUGUAUGAACAAUUGGUGGGGAACAACAGAUAUUUCACUAGUAGAUAAAAAAUUAUAUGAUGGUAGAAAACAAUCAUCAGUAGUAACUUUAACGUUUCAACCUCUUUCUCAGACGCAACCAACUCAUUUUAUCUCAUCGACUAGUUGCUUACCAGGAUGGAGAUAUAUUGAUGGUAAUUGUUACUUCCUCUAUUCUGGUAUUGGCAAAAGAGAGGAAGCACAAAACUGGUGUAUCUCCCAUUCAGCGUAUUUAGUGAAAAAGGAAACUCUUCAUUCCCAAGAAUCAAUUCAAAACCUACUAUCGUUUACCGAAUUGAAUGGUAGUCUUGGACUAAAUGAUAUAUGGACCAGUGACGAUCUAAUUAGUAAUAGCGGAAUGAAUGACUCACUAAAGCCAUGGUUAUGUUCUAAAACUGGAUCAGGACUUUGCAUUGACAACUGCAACGGUAAAGGAAGAUGCUUUGGAUCGAAAUGCUUAUGUGUUCCUGGAUGGAAAGGUAAAUCUUGCCUCGAGUUCUCCUGUAGAGAAGUGUCGGAAUGCUCUAGUAGAGGAGAAUGUAUCGGCCCUAAUAUUUGCAAAUGUAGCCAAGGAUGGGAAGGAAAAAACUGUGCAAGAUCAAAAUGCCCAAGAUAUCUAUCUUGUCAACAGUGUACAAAACACGAAGGAUGCGGUUGGUGUGAUUCGAGGCAAAAGUGUAUGCCAGGCUCUCCAACUAAACCUUACGGAAACUGCACCAAUUGGUUUUACAGAGAGUGUAUUAGUUUAGCACCUAGUAGAUGUUCAAAAGAAAUCAAGAUAAUUGAUUGUGAUAAAUAUCAAUGCUCUACACGCAGAUAUAUAUCGAAAGGUUUAUGCCAGCAAUGUCGAGAUUUGGAAGUUUGUUUUACAAAUUCAACUUGUCGUACAUGGAUUGAAAAAAUUUGUAUAAAUGGCUAUCCAAGACCAGACCUACUUGAUCCUAACCGAUUCACUGCAACGGAAAUAAAAGAUAACGUGGUUCUUGUAAAAAAUACAACCAAGAUUUAUAAAUGUAUUGGGAGAGAGCAAAUAAAAGACAUGAACAACAAGAUAUACGAAAUAUUGAUUGUUCCUUCUAAAAAGGUCAAAUAUCAAAUAGGCGUUAUCUUAUUGAGCAGUCAAUCGGGAGGUAUUGUUCAUCUUAUCGUCGAUUCAAGACAAUCCUUGGCUAACUAUACAAUUUACCUUACUAAAAUAAGUGAUCCGAUAAACGUACUUAAGUACGCUCAUUUCAAAACUAAAGGAAGAUUUCAAUAUCAUAAAAAUCCAAGAGCAAUAGAUUCUUUUCCUCGUCUCGAAAAAGUUCGAAAAUUUACAAAAUCCAACCAAAACUAUGUGGAUAUGGGUACAAAUGAAUUUUUUAAAUGCUCCGGUCAAGGAUACUCUUAUCGCGAUGAAACAGUAUGGUCUCAUUUUAUAAUAACCAAAUAUCAGAAUUACAAAGUUGGAGAUGUUUUAUACGGCAAUAGAUCAAGAGGUUUUCUCGAAAGUGUCUUGCGAACCGGUCAGAAUCGCGAGGAUUUAUUCGUAGAGACAGAACUUUCUGAUUGUUCUCGAAUGUUGAAACCUAAUCAAAUAGAUUUAGAUACCAUUAUCAACCUAAAAUCAGAUUUAGAGUGUCAAAGUAUGGAUGGUAUACCUUCUCUCCAUUACUUGGAGAGGGAGAAAAUUGGUAAACCAAUACACGAAAAUGAUAUUAUUGUUGGUCGAUCUUCGUUACCAGUUCUCGGAUUCAUUAUCAAUAUUACGAUAUUCACAAAUGAAUGGAAUUUUGUGGAAGUUAUCAAUUUGGAAACUAUUUCUAAAGAUUUAAAGGUUAAUGACGUGAAAAUCGAAGAGAUUAACUUAUUACCAAGAAAUAAACAAUAUUCAACUAUUAACGAUAAAUUUAAUGAAGUACAAUCAACGCAAUCAAAUAUCAGAUUAGAAAACGAUACAGGAAAUGUGAAUAUAAAUUCUCUAAUUUCGAUCAGUGCAGAACCUCUAUUUGAGCUAAAAAUAUCACCUCAGAAAUUUUAUCUGGACCAUUUUAGAGUGUCUAUAAUAGGGAAAGUAAACUUUCAGGUUGAUACAGAUGUUAAUGUUGCAAAGUCAGUUAAAAACUUUACAAUCUUUCAAAGAGAUACGCAUCUUUUACAUUUAGAGAAAGAUUUUCGAGUCAAAAUAGCAGGCGUCUCCAUACCUGGCUCUUUGGUCUUACAUCGUGUAUCUUAUGGACCAAUCUUUUUUAAUUCAGCUAGAAGUGUCCAAUCGACAUCUUCAACUGUUUUUAAUAUCAAUUUCGAUAUUGGGGCAACUUUGAGUAAGGAAACAGAUAUUAUUAGAAGUGGAGAAGGACUUACAGCUAGUAUAAAAGAUUCUAAAAUCAGUGGAUCGUGGUUGGGUAUUUCUAAUAUUGAAAGCUUUCUUGAUAUUGGAUUUUCAAUUCGGUGGCCAUAUUGGCCAGAUCAGAAGAAUGUAAUUUCAAAGGAUGAUCUUGAUACAACAAUCAAUCACGAUUCUAUCUAUAAUUGGUUGAAAGAGAAGCAAAUUGACAUAAGAAGAAAAACGACGGGAAAAUUAAUUAAAGAUAAGGAAUUGUAUGUAAUUGGAGUUUACGAGCUUCAACAACAAUUUUUACAAAGAUUCGGAUACUGCGAUAGCCAUAGAUGUACAGAUAUUUCAAAACCCAAUAGUGCAAGACAAACAAAAUUUUAUGGACAAUUUAGCGUUGCCGGUUUAUCAAAAAAAUUCAAUUAUCCUUUAAAAGAAAAAUUUAAUGAACUGGAAAGCCUUUGUUUAAGAAGAUCAAGGACUUUUAGGCAUUUAGAGGGCUGUUGCCUCUGUACCGAUAAAUACGGUCUUAUAAAUUAUGGAAGACUUGAUCCGAUUACUGGUGAGUGCAUGUGUAGAUGCUUUUGCAAUGGUCCAAAAGCUCAAAUAAGUUGGAAAACACAAUUUCGGCCAUGUCAAUGCUGUCCUGAUGGUUCCGCUAUUAAGGAUGGAGAGUCUACUUCAUCAUGCUUGUGCACAUGCGAAGACGGAACUGUAUCGACUCUGGGAAGGAACGGAUGUAUCUGUGAAAAGUGUGUGCCAUGUUGGACAGGAGAGAUACCAGUGCGUAGACCAGAUGGAAUCUGUCAAUGUCCCUCUACUUGCGGAAUUAACAGUGUUUGCACGUCACAGAGAAAAGGUGACGAUUGUAACCAACCAUACUGUUUUCCAGAUCAAAGUUGUAGCAGUAAUGGUAAGUGUACAUUGUUCGAAGGUUGCCAAGCUCGAUGUGUUUGCAAUAGAUUUUGGCAAGGACCAACUUGUAAUUUUCGAAAUCCUACACGAGGAUCUGGAGAUCCUCAUCUUGAAACUCUUGAUGGAAAUUCUUAUGAUUUUUUCGAUAUUGGUCAAUACUGGGGUUGCAGGACUCCAACAAUUGGAUAUCAAUAUAGAUUUUUUGGUUUAAAUGGAACGUCCUUCAUUGGAGGAAUGGCUAUUCGUCUUGGCAAUGUAUCCGUACUUACAAUCAACACUUUACUUAAGAGUAGCUCAGCAGAUCUCCCACUUUUAAGACUGGAUGGAGAUUAUUUAUCUAACAUCACUAUGAAUAGUACAUUUACAUUCGAUAAUGUAACUAUUCGUCUAGAUAUUUCAUUAAAGAAAACCAAUGUAUAUCAUGAUGAUCCAACUAUUUUAAUUAUUUCCAUUAAAUACUCAACAGGAGCAUCGUUAUCAGUGGUGGUUUCGUACAGUAAGGCACUGAAGAGGCAAUAUUUAACAUCAAUUCUUAUUGCUACUGCUGACAUGAUGAAUAAAACGUCUGGAUUGUGUGGUUUUAUGAAUGAUAAUGAAAAUGACGAUUUCAAAGGUCCAUAUGAACAGUUGUAUUCUGACGCAAGAGCUUUUGCCAAAUCAUGGAAAAUAAAAUUUCCAACAAGAUUAAAUGGAGGAACAGCUGGAUCCUGGUCGUGGACAGAGUCCAAUUUCCAUAAAGAUGAUUCCAUGGAUCUUUCAUAUUUUGAUCCAUCUCAUCAGCCAGUAUAUGCUCUACAAAAUUUUUCCAAGGAUGAUAUUGAAAAUGCACAUAAACUGUGUUCAGGAAAACAGCUUACUAAAAUCGAAAUAGAUCAAUGUAUUUUCGAUAUUGUAUAUUCAGGAGAUGUUUCAAUGGCUUGUCAGUUUGUUUGGAACGUAAAACUAUGUCCUAAUCAAUGCCUAAGUAGAGGCACCUGCUUAAAUGGAACAUGUAUAUGCGUUGAUGGAUGGUCCGGUGAAUAUUGUGAACAAGGUGAUUGUGGCCUAUGUGUAAAUGGGAAUUGUAGUGAAGGUUUCUGUAUCUGUAAUGAUGGAUUCGAAGGUCCAGCAUGUGAAGAUGAAGCAGUAUGCGAAAUGAACUGCUCUUACAACGGUGUUUGCGUUAAAUCUGGUGUUUGCAGAUGUAAUGAAGGCUGGCUCUCUCCGAAUUGCACUGAAUUAGCGCAAUGUUCUCUUGGUUGUGGAAAUCAUGGUCUCUGCAUAGAUGAUGAAAAAUGUAAGUGUAAUCUUGGAUAUAAUGGAACGAGCUGUUCUACUUUCAGUUGUGAAGUACUUAAUCAUUGCUCCGAUCAUGGAUUUUGCCUUGACUUUGAUACUUGUCUCUGCUUUAAAGGCUGGACAGGUGAAAGUUGUUCAAUUCCUAUAUGUGACAAUCAGUGCUCAGGAAACGGUGAAUGUAACAUGCCAGGAAAUUGUUCGUGCCAAGUGGGAUAUUCUGGAAGUGACUGUAGCAUGUUGGAUAGCUGUCCUCAAGUUCGAAACUGUACGAAUAAUGGAUUGUGCGUUAAUGAAACAAUUUGUGCUUGUGACGAAGGGUUUGACGGGAUAGACUGUAGUGUACCUGUAUGUACUCCUCCAUGCUCCGAAAAUGGCACUUGUAUAGAGCCAGAUAGGUGCACUUGCAAUAUGGGUUAUACUGGUAAGACUUGUACGGAAUUUUCGUGCGAGUCUCUCCAAUACUGUUCAACUCAUGGUAAUUGUACUUCUUUCGAUCAAUGCGAAUGCGAUGAAAAUUGGACUGGGCCCUUGUGCGAUAUUCCUUUGUGUAAGGCUGUAUCCAGUUGCUCAAAGAAUGGUCAAUGCAUUGAUGUAAAUACUUGUAUUUGUGAUAGGGGAUUUGAAGGAGUGGACUGUAGUUCACGAGUGUCUAAAAAUAUGGCUCCUCCAAAGUUCUUCACUCAAGAUCUUAACAUAGAGGUGAAAGAAGACAUUCAAGUGGGAGAAUAUUUAAAAGAAGUUUAUGCCAAUGAUACUGAUCCAGGAGAGGCGGGAACAGUUUCAUACUUUUUGCUACCAACAAAUGCUCCUGUUACAAUUGAUAGUAGAACGGGUAUAUUAAAAACAUUAGGAAAACUUCAACCCGGUCAAUUUCAUUUGGAAGUUGUUGCAUCAGACAAUGGCAUUCCAGCAAAGUCAUCUUCAAAGAGUUUAAAGAUGACCGUACUGGACAUUAACGAAUGUGCUACUAUUUAUAGCCCUCUAAACAACUUUCAGCUAACAAUCAAUAGUAGUUUACCUUUAAAUUCUACCCUAUUUGACAUCAACGUAACAGAUAGUGACCUUGGAAUUUUCUCAGAAAUAUUUGCAGCAAUCAACUUCGAAGGAUCAAUAUUAAAACCUUUUUUAGAUAUUGCUAAUAAUUCUUUGACAUUAAAAACACUCCUUACGCCCCUUCCACACGGUCAAUAUAGAGUCAAAUUAAUAGUUUUUGAUGUGUCAGAUGAACCUUGUUCAAGUACAAUAACCUUUACAAUAAAUAUUCUACCCCCGUAUGCUGACAACGGAAAUUUUGGGGAAAAUCCAGAUACUGAUGACAACGAGAAGACAAUUACCCUUUCUAGUUUAGCAACUUCUACACUUCAGGUUUCAACACAAGAAUCUUCUACAAACCCUCAAACUAAUACUUAUUUAAAUACACAUCUAAUGACGUCAUUAGGAAAAUCUACUGAGUCAGAAAAAACGAAUACGUUUUCAUCAACCUCUCCAUCAAGCGUCACUCUAAGUACUCUAAACGACAAAUCGUCGAAAACAGAAAGUUCUCAGCAAACGAAACUAAGUAGUGAGCAAACUUCAGUGUCACUUACCGAUAUAUACACGGAACAAAGGGAAACCUCCAAUACUCCAAGUAGAGAGUCAAUUACGAAAUCUAUUUCUAUUGCACAAAGAGCACCGAUUUCCAAGUACUUACUAACAGGUUUAGGAUUAACAAUUGCAUCAUUAUUAACAAUUAUAGCUGUCUCUAUAACAACAAUUAUCAAAAUGAAAUAUAUACAUUGGCAUAAAUAA